CUCCAGUUUAACGUGUCGGCGUAAAAGACCGCUAGCUUUGCCUCUGCUUGUGGCACUGUAGCCGUCGUAGCAACAAUUGAAUGAGCUUCUCGUCUUUAUUGGUUGCAGAUUUUAGGAGCCGCGGUCAUUGUGUGACUUGGUUAAUUCUUUGGAACCUUUCGAAAUGAUUUCACUCUCGGAUUCACAGAAAAUUGGGAUGGGACUGACGGGGUUUGGUGUGUUUUUCCUCUUCUUUGGAAUGAUGCUGUUUUUUGAUAAGGCUCUGCUGGCCAUAGGAAAUAUUCUCUUUGUGUCAGGCCUCUCCUUUGUCAUCGGCCUGGAGCGCACCUUCAGGUUCUUCUUCCAGAGGCACAAAGCGAAAGCCACUAGCUUCUUCUUGGGAGGAAUUUUUGUGGUUCUGACCGGCUGGCCGAUCAUCGGAGUCAUCCUGGAAAUCUAUGGUUUCUUCCUCUUGUUCAGGGGAUUCUUCCCGGUGGCGGUCGGAUUCAUUAGGCGAAUUCCUGUGCUUGGAUCUUUGCUCGGUUUACCGGGAAUUAGGGCAUUGGUGGACAAAAUUGGUGAGAGCAACACUAUGGUAUAACACGACGCUGCUAGCACAAGGGGGACUGUCCCGCUAUUUAUUAUGGAUUCUCAUCGUGAUUGUAUUUUCCAGUCCUUGCCACUCCAGAAAAGUUCUUUCACACAUUUUUCUGCAGAAAACACUCAGGUUUGUCUGUAAACGUUCCUCUGACUGCAUCCAUUCCCAUCGCUCAGAUACAAGAACUAUCUGACUGAGACUGGACAACAACACAAAUGUUUUUAUUCUUUGUACCAUUCCCUUGCUAUAUUAUGGACUGAACACUGGACCAUCUCAGAGGAAAGUCAGUGCCUGGGAGCGAUCCUGUAUGUCAUGUAACUGGAACAUUAAUAAUGAAUUUUGAAUCAGAAACGGUGGUUGUAAUCUUUACAGAAAUGUGAAAUUCUGUAAAAAAUGUUUUGAGAUGUUUGUACUGUAAUUUUUACAGUGAUUUUUCUAAGUGUAUAUUUGCAAUAAAUUGUCCUUUUUGUAAA